CUUUAGUGAUAAUUUAUAAUAAUAAUAUCAAUUUAUUGUUAUAUAUUAUCUGAUUAUCAAUAUCGUUGUUGCAUAAAGUAAAAAUUUAUUGUCAAUAAACAAUCCAUUAUUGUUGUUUUAUCAUCAUAUUGUUUACUAGGGAUUUUUAAUUCAUGAAUAAUAUUGUUUUUUGAAGUGGAAGUAAAUAAAUAGAUACAUAUAAUGGAAGACAAAGAUAAAAACAAUGAUGAAAUUUCUCCACCUAAACAAGCUAGGGUUGAUUCUUUCCAAAGUGCAUUUAGCGAAUUAAAGAAAUCAGAAUUUUUCAGUGAACCAUUACCUGGUCCUUCUAAAGACACAAGUGCCUCAAAAUUUAAUACAUUGUUAGUCAGUUUAAAACAAAAAGGAAAUCCAUUAUUGAAAUUUAUAACUAACGUUCCUUGGGAAUUUUCUGAAAUUGUACCAGAUUAUGUUAUGGGAAAAACUACUUGUGCUCUUUUCUUAUCGAUACGUUAUCAUCAACUUAAUCCUGACUAUAUUCAUGAACGCUUGAAGGCCUUAGGAAACAUGUAUAACUUAAGAGUGCUUUUAGUACAGGUAGAUGUGGCAGAGCCUCAUCAUGCUUUGAAACAUUUAACAAGAAUUUGCAUUCUGGCAGAUUUAACACUAAUGCUGGCCUGGAAUGCAGAAGAUGCAGGCAAAAUUAUUGAAACAUACAAGAUUUAUGAAAAUAAGCCACCUGAUGCAAUAAUGGAACGAAGUGAUACAGCACCAUAUCAAAAGUUAAUGAAUGCUUUGACAACAAUUCGAUCAGUCAAUAAAACAGAUGCCACAACUCUUUUAUCAACCUUUGGUACAUUAAGCGAUCUGGUACAGGCACCAUCAAAUAUACUUGCUCUUUGUCCUGGUGUUGGGAUACAAAAAGCAGAAAGAAUCCAUAAAACGUUGCAUGAACAAUUUUUACGUCCUUCAAAGUCUGUAAAAUAAGAAUAAAUAGGAUAUGACUUUAUACGUGUAAAUAAGUGUAACUCCGAUGUUCUGUAAGAUUAUUCGGAAUAAAAUCUUUUAUAUUCUUUUAUAAAAUA